AUGUGCCACGCUCCAACUCGGAAAAGCCAAACGCCCUGCCCUAGCCUCGCGAUUUCCUUCUCCAGCGCCGCCUCCUCCCAACGUCGCCUCCUCCGCAGCCAAACCCUACGUCGCCUGCGGCCUCCCUCCGAAGCCGUGUCCCUCCCGCGACCUCCCUCCAGCGCUGAAGCCCUAGCCCCGUCGCCUCCCUCCAGCGCCGGAGCCCUAGCCCCGUCGCCAGUUGCCAUGAUUUGUGGAAAUAGUCUAAUCUUUUUUGGUCCCGCUCUUUCGCCUGACAAUCUUCCCUCAUUUCUCUUCCCGCGCGGGAAACCAUUUUCCCCGCUCUUUCGUGAUUUCGCCUUAGCACCGCCGCCGCGCCGGCCCUUCGCUGCCCCUCUACCUUUGACAGAACCGUCUUCCGAUCCUUCCUCUUCUGACGUGUUCCAGGAGCAGGUCACCGAGUUGGCAGUGACCGAGCAGCAACCUCCAGGUUUCCUUGACUGGUUUUUGUUUUGGCUGAAGUUUUCACUCCCGCAACCGCCGCCCGCGGCCACCUGCCAUCUGUGCCCGCCGCGGCCGAUCACCGCCACCGACCAUAACCCGCCACCAGAGACCACUCGUCGCCCGCAGCAGCCAGCGCGAUCGUACCAGUAA